AUGCAAGAGUUGAUUAACCAGGAGAAGUCGCAUAACUCGUCGAUGAGUAAUAAUUCAUUAAAUGCUAGUGUUUCGCAUCAUCAUCAAGCGCGGCUUCCUCCUAUUGAAAUACCAAAAUUUGACGGUAAUAUACAAGAGUGGAAUUCCUUCUUUGACCUUUAUAAGGCAAUGGUUCAUAAUAAUGAGCAUUAUUCGUUAGCUCAGAAAUUCUCUUACCUUCGAUUAGCACUAGGUGGUCCAGCAUCGGACAUUAUCAAAGGGAUACCGAUCACAGAACUCAACUAUGAAUUAGCUAUGAGGAAGCUACAACAGAGAUACGAUAAUAAAAGCUUGGUUAUUCAGUCGCAUAUUCGUGCCAUUCUCGACGCACCUCGAGUAGAGGUCGCUUCGGCGAACGAAUUGCAGAAGCUGCAUUCAUGUAUUUCAACUCAUAUCGCCGCACUUGAGUCGUUGUGCCAACCGAUUGAACAUUGGGAUGCAUGGCUCGUAACAAUUAUUCUGAGGAAAUUAGACCAAACCACAAGCCAUGAAUGGCAGUUGCGUCGAACUAACACAGAUUUACCAACAUAUAUCGAGCUGGAAGAAUUCAUUUCAAGUCGUUGUAUUGCAUUUGAGAGCUCCGAAACACUAGUUGCUAAUGAAAAGGGCGAAGAAGCAAGAUAUCCGACGAAUAGCGCAAUGACGAAGAAGACGUCUAAUCAUACAGCUACAAGAAAAGGAUUAAUAGCUUCAAUUCCCAAUGAUAUAAAAUGCAGCUGCUGCUCUGAACAACAUAAGCUAUACGCAUGUAGUAAGUUUAAAGAUCUAUCAAUAGGAGAUCGUGUCACAGUGGUUCGAGACUCAAGAUUAUGUUUUAACUGUUUUUCUCCAACGCACAUGGCAACUGUAUGUAAAUCUCUUUAUGGUUGUCGUAUAUGCAGACGAAGGCACAAUAAGCUGUUGCACUUUGACAAGGUUCCAGAGCCUCAACAAACCACUGAAAGAGAACGGACUACAGCAGAGACGUCAAACGUGUCGGCAACUGCAUCCGCUUUUAAUGGAUUAGAACAAAACUACACGUUUUUAGCAACUGCAGUUGUCCUUGUUACUGAUAGGCGAAGCAAUCAACGUAAGUGUAGAGCUCUACUUGAUAGCGGCUCACAGGUGAAUUUUAUAUCAGGGAACCUCGCCAAGUCACUGCAACUAGAAUGUAAAAAGUCUAACCUACCAGUCGGUGGUAUUGGGGCGAGCCAAGUGAGAGCUGUAUCCUAUGUUGAAGUCUCAGUCCAAUCAAGACUGAGUGAUUAUUGUGUUAAAUUGGUAUGUUACGUGUUGCCAACAAUUGUAAAUAAUUUACCAUCCUGUGAAGCGCAAAAAGAGGGUUGGCAAAUUCCAGAUGAUUUGAUGUCACAGCUAGCAGAUCCUACCUUUCAAAGUCCAGGCACAGUUGAUUUGUUAAUAGGUGGCGGAGUAUUUUUUGAUGUGUUCUCAACUACUGUACCUCGGAUACCAUUAAACGUCAAGAAUGUAGUUUUGAACUGCAGUAAUUUUGGGUGGAUAGUAACCGGUGAAAUAGGAGUAGUGACCUUAGUUGGAAUACAUUCAGUUGGCGAAUCUUUAGAGGAAGAUUGGAAAGCAAUUAUGGCCAGUGAGACUUCUAGUUUCGGACGGCUAUCGAAGGCAAAUCAGAGAUGUUUGGAAGAAGCAGAAACAGUUGAACAUUUUAAUCAAACAACAACAUGCAGAGAUGAAGAUGGACGGUUCGUAGUACGUCUGCCAAGGAAGGACACGGUGAAUGAGUUGGGGUCUACGUUGGCUAUGGCGACAUCCCGAUUCCUCAGUGUGGAACGCAAACUACAGCGCGAUGAGAAAUUUAGAACGGAAUACACGAGGUUCAUCAAUGAAUAUAUUGAAAUGGGACAUAUGGUAGAAGUCGUCGAUGAACUAGUGAUACCAAAACCAUCCUUUUACCUACCACAUCAUGCGGUUCUUAAAAGCUCAAGCCUGACAACCAAGCUCCGAGUUGUGUUUGAUGCGUCAGCCACAAGCUCGUCAGGGCUAUCGCUCAACAAUGUGUUGAAAUGUGGUCCUACCGUGCAAGAGGACGUAUUCGGAAUCCUUACACGUUUUAGAAAACACCAAUACGUCGUAACAUCCGACGUUGAAAAAAUGUUUCGUCAAGUACGCGUUUCAGAGGGUGAUUGGAACCUGCAACGAAUUUUGUGGAGACAAAAUCCAAAAGAGAAGUUACGUACUUAUCAAUUGACGACUGUGACUUAUGGAACGACACCAGCGUCGUUUUUGGCUACACAAUGCUUAGUUGCUUUGGCAGAAGAAGUGAAAGAAAGAACCCGGAAGCGUCAAAGUCUAUUUUUCGUGACUUUUAUAUGGACGAUUUAA